AUGUUGGGUUCUAAACCUGAGGAAACUCCGAUCGUGGUGUCGAGAAAGAAGAAAAAGAAGACUAAGAAAGAGUCAGAAGAAGAAGACUACUCCGAUGAUGAGGUUGAAGAAGAAGACAAGGAGAAAGAGGAGACUGUUGAUAAAGAAAGAUAUCAGAGACUUGUUGGGAAGUUGAUUUAUCUUUACCAUACAAGACCAGAUAUUGCUUUUGCUGUCAGUGUAGCAAGUCAGUACAUGUGUGAUCCAAGGAAGAAAGACCUAGAAGCAGUAUACAGGAUUCUCAGAUACCUUAAAGGUACACCUGGUAAGGGAUUCUUAUUCAAGAAGCAUGAUCAGAGAUCAAUUGAGAUCUAUACAGAUGCAGACUGGGGGGGAACCUAUGGAGACAGGAGAUCCACCUCUGGUUAUUCUGCGUUUGUAUGGGGAAACUUAGUGACUUGGAAAAGGCAAAAGCAGAGAGUUCUAUCCAGAAGCAGUGCUCAAUCAGAGUUCAGAGCAUUAGCUCAAGGAAUUACAGAAGAAUUAUGGAUAAGAAGAGUCAUGGAAGAAAUACAGGUUAGAGUUGAUCCACCGAUCAAGCUGUAUUGUGAUAACAAGGCUGCCAUAAGCAUGGCAUUGAACCCUGUGCAACAUGAGAAAUCUAAGCAUGUUGAGGUGGGAUAG